AUGUCGAAAGAGAAUGGUUCAGAAUCCGAAGGGUCCACGCCAGCGUCGUCGCCAACAUCAGAGCCCAAGCCACACAGUGUUCUAAAAUCCAGCUCAUCAAAGAAAGCCAAUAGAGUCAGCAAACCACGCUUGACUGCAUCACAAAAGAACUUCAACCACAAGGACGCUGAGAACAAAAGGCGCACCGCCAUCAGAGAACGCUUUACUGAACUGUCAAACCUCGUACCGGGCGCCCUCGGCCACGAGAGGAGCGAGCAGGUGAUGCUAGGAAAGUCCACUGAGUAUCUUAGGGAGAUGCUACUGGAGCAGCGGCGGCUAGAAGAAUUGGCUCACAAGCAGGGAAUCACCGUUGACUCUGGCGAAUCGAUUAGGGAGGAUGACUUCGGGGGCCCGAAGUGGAAAGACAAUAAUAUGAAGCAGUACGAGGCCAACAAGCAGAAGAGAGAUGGCGACGACCAAGGAGAUGAGGAGAACGACUAG